GCAAGACCAGGUUUGGGCAUAUGCCGUAUAAAAAGACUUAUCAGGACUACCAGCGCCAUCGAAUCGAUCUAGGGUUUAAUAACCUGCCAAGGGCCGCCGCCCCCAAGCUAAGCCGUGAGAACCGAGAAUCAUGCCGCUGAGCGUUGCCGCCGAACCCGAAAGAGCAUGUUGGAGUGCCAUCUUCUGCUCUCUGCAGGCCUGCAUCUCUGAGCCCAUUAGAUUUAUUCAUUACGGAAGUCUCGAUGUUGUUCGACGGCUUUUUUGUAGUAGAGGUGUAAGGGAAAGGGCAAGGGGAACGGGAAUGAGAGAAGAAACUGUCAAUCUUGCAGAUGAGCAAACGGGAGACAAAAACUCUCCUGCUGCAGAUGAUGAUUAUAGCGAGCAGCUUGCUGAGUACGGCCACAAUAGUGAUGGUGAGGAUUGCAGUAACUGUGACGACUACCAUGGCACAGAUGGAGACUACCAUGACACAGAUGGUGACUACUCUGACGGAGGUGGAGAUGACUACAGAAAGGAUAUUCCACCGUGUCUGAAAAUUGGCUAUCACGGAGACAGCAAGAAUCUACAUGUUGCUUACAGCUACUCUCGGCACUUGGUGGAGCUGUUAUCUGUGCGUCCCCGAUUUCCCUUUGUGGGCACCUUCGUUGCUUUCAGCGACUGUUCACAUUACUACUGCUCCUCGCUAAAUGGACAACCUCAUCGCAAUGUUGAUUCACAGGGUAAUUUGAUUCUCAGGGCAGAAGGGGCGGCACUUGAGGACUAUUUCCGCAUUAGAGUUGAAAUCCCAGAGGAUGAUAACCGGAUUGACAUAGCAAACUACCUAUUCUGUGUGGACCCUUAUGCAUGUAACAGUGUCAUUAUCCACACAAUGCCAACAAGAUAUGGCCGUGAUAUAGACGUGAUUUUUGUGCCGAUGUAUCGUGCUAUACAGGCCAGAUUGUGUAUCAACCUUCAUCUCACAUCUGGCAGUGGCUGUAGCUCCAUUGACACCGGAUGUUAUGCAUGUGGUGAAAUCACAGCACACCAUCAGUUCUAUGGCGACUAUAAUGUCCUGCUUUUUCAGUGUGGACAAGAUGAUAAGGCAGAGGUUAUUGAUGGCAGACUUCCAUUGUUGCGGACAUGGGCAGCUGUUCCGAUAUACUUAGAGCCGAUCUUGAUAAUCAAGCUGAACCUUUGUGUUUUUACUAAUUCUGGCCAUGUUAAUGACGGCCAUACAAUCUCCUUCCAAGGUGAUCUUACCUUCAACCAUGACCAGCAUGAAAAGACAAUCUGCAAUGCUGACCAUGGUAAAGUUGAAGUGCAGAUUGCAUACCGUUAAUUGGCCAGCGGAGGGAUGUUAUCCGUUGCAAGCUAACCUUUUAUAUGUAUGCUAUCACCCCUUAUAUGUAUGAUAUUGCUGUAUGGAUCAGCUGGAUUUUAUGUCAUAUCUCUCUGAA